AUGCGAACGGUGGCUUUCAGUGUGCUGUUCUAUGCAGCGUGCUCUUCAACCUUGCUGCUGAUCAACAAGGUGGCCAUGCACUUUGUGCCGGACGCUUCGUUCAUUCUCUUCUGCCAGUUUGUGACCUCAUCUCUGGCGGUUCGAGUGAUCAAGCUGGCUUCCCCAGAUUCGGACAUCGAAUUCCUUCGUUGGGAGAAAGCUCGACCGUUUUUCCUCGCGUGUCUCAUCUUCUUCUUGUGCCUUUUAGCCAACACGGCGGCUCUGAAGUCUGUUAAUGUUGAGACGGUCAUCGUUGCGCGUUCCUGUGCUCCAAUCGCAGUUUCAAUCUUGGAGCAUUUCACCUUGGGUCGAAACUUACCGACACUCCAAGGCACGUUGGCUCUCUUGGCUAUUGCUGGUGGAGCAGUUAUCUAUGUGAUUUCUGACGAAGGUUUCAAGAUUGAAGGAUACACUUGGCUUCUUCUGUACUUUGUCUUUAUCGUCACUGAGAUGGUCUUCGUGAAGUUUAUUGUUGACACUGUGCCGAUGUCCACCUGGACUCGAGUGUACUACAACAACACCUUGUCGAUCCCGCUGGUCCUGUUGUCCUCCACGAUGAUGGGCUUUGGAGGCUUUCUGGAGGUGGCGUGGGCAUGGCAGCACAUAGCAGUUGUCGGCCUGUCCUGCGUUGUUGGAGUGGCAAUUUCUUACUCGGGGUUUCACCUUCGAAAGAUGGUCUCAGCCACAACCUUCACAGUCAUAGGAGUGCUCUGCAAGCUGAUGACGGUGAUGCUGAACGACAUAGUUUGGAGCCAACAUUCAAAUCUCAUGGGUCAUAUUGGGCUCCUUCUCUGUAUCGCUGCUGGCUUUGCAUAUGAACGUACCAAGGUGGUGCCAAAGUAG